CUGUUGCAAAGCAAACCUGAAAGUGGAGGGGCGGUGAUGGCCAAAAAGGCAUUUUCUGACUUUGGUGCGCGCAGUGAGUGAGCAUCUGUCACCUCAUGUUCCCAGCUGAUCUGACGCGUGUCUCUCAGAGAGGAGCAGGUCAGCUACAUGUCCUACUGCCCCCACAGACGAGAGAGCGAAAGGGGUGGGCAGACGAUUGCUUGAAAUGCCAUUAGCAGUGUCUCCAGAGGAGACUUUGGUGAUAAGAUGAGGAUCCAACCACGCAAGUUUCCUCUCUGACAGCUGCAGCUUCUGGUUCUCCGUCGAGUGGUUCACGUCAAUCACAGCUGGGAAGUUGAGACCGUGAUGCUGUAGCCGCCAUGUCACAGCUGUAUUACAGGAAAGCUGACAGCUCGUCAUACAGGGACCGCAUCCCGCUGCGGAUCGUGCGGGCCGAGGCUGAGCUCUCUGCCCUGGAGAGGGCCUACCUGGGGGCUGUGGAGAAGGGGGACUAUGCCAGUGUGAAACAAGCCCUGGAGGAGGCUGAGAUCUACUUCAGGAUCAACAUCAACUGCAUCGACCCCCUCGGACGCACGGCGUUGCUCAUCGCCAUUGACAACGAGAACCUGGAGAUCAUUGAGCUGCUGCUCAGCUAUAAUGUGUAUGUGGGUGAUGCUCUGCUACACGCCAUCCGCAAAGAAGUGGUGGGAGCUGUGGAGCUGCUACUCAACCACAAGAAGCCACGUGGGGAGAAACAGGUCCCACCAAUUCUCCUGGACAAACAGUUUUCAGACUUCACCCCAGACAUCACUCCAAUCAUCCUUGCAGCCCACACCAACAACUAUGAGAUCAUCAAGCUGCUCGUGCAGCGAGGUGUUUCCAUACCUCAGCCACAUGCUGUGCGCUGCAACUGCGUGGAGUGUGUGUCCAAUUCGGACGUAGACGGCCUUCGUCACUCACGCUCCCGUCUCAACAUCUACAAGGCCCUCUCCAGCCCCUCUCUCAUCGCCCUCUCCAGCGAGGAUCCUUUCCUCACUGCCUUUCAGCUCAGCUGGGAGCUGAAGGAGCUCAGCGCAGUGGAGAAUGAGUUCAAAUCAGAGUAUGAGGAGUUGUCCCACACGUGUAAACAAUUUGCAAAGGACCUCUUGGACCAGACCAGAAGCUCUAGAGAGCUGGAAAUAAUCCUCAACUACCGUGAUGGCAUCAACCCUCUGCUGGAUGAGAAUGCUAAUGAUCUGGCCCGACUGAAGCUGGCUAUCAAAUACUGCCAGAAAGAGUUUGUUGCUCAGCCCAACUGUCAACAGCUGCUGGCCUCGCGGUGGUAUGAUGAGUUCCCAGGCUGGAGGAGGCGUCACUGGGCAGUAAAGCUCAUCACAUGUAUUUUCAUCGGCCUCCUCUUCCCCCUGUUAUGCAUCUUCUACCUGAUCUCGCCAAAGAGCCGCUAUGGCUUAUUUAUCCGGAAGCCGUUCAUCAAGUUCAUCUGUCACACCGCUUCCUACCUUAGCUUCCUCUUCCUGCUCUUCUUGGCCUCGCAGCAUAUAGCCUCUGCGAAGAAGGACUAUCAGGGCCCGCCACCCACCACUGUGGAAUGGAUGAUCCUGCCAUGGGUGCUUGGCUUUAUAUGGACCGAGAUCAAACAGAUGUGGGAUAGUGGCUUCAAAGACUACAUAGAUGACUGGUGGAACUUGAUGGACUUCAUAAUGAACUCCUUGUAUCUUGCAACCAUUUCCCUGAAGAUUGUCGCUCAUGUUAAGUACAGUUGCAGUAAACCCAGAAGCACCUGGGAAAUGUGGCACCCGACACUGGUUGCAGAGGCAUUGUUCGCCAUCGCCAACAUCUUCAGUUCCUUGCGCCUUGUUUGCCUUUUCACUGCCAACUCCCAUCUUGGCCCCUUACAGAUUUCACUGGGCCGCAUGCUCCUGGACAUCCUUAAGUUCCUCUUCAUCUACUGUCUGGUGUUGUUAGCCUUUGCCAAUGGCCUCAACCAGCUCUACUUUUAUUAUGAAACAGAGAAUCUUGAAUGCCAUGGUAUUCGCUGCAGUCAUCAAAACAAUGCCUUCUCAACGCUGUUCGAGACGCUGCAGUCAUUAUUUUGGUCUAUAUUUGGCCUGAUUUCCCUCUAUGUGACAAAUGUGGAACCACGACAUGAAUUUACCGAGUUUGUGGGCACUACCAUGUUUGGCACGUACAAUGUCAUCUCCCUGGUAGUGCUUCUCAACAUGCUAAUUGCCAUGAUGAACAACUCCUAUCAGCACAUUGCUGAUCAUGCAGAUAUAGAGUGGAAAUUUGCAAGAACAAAAUUAUGGAUGAGCUAUUUUGAAGAAGGCGGAACUUUGCCGUCUCCAUUCAAUAUAAUACCCAGUCCAAAGUCUGUUUAUUAUCUUUUUUCAUGGAUAAAGAGGCAGUUGCUGAAGAGACCAGCCUUAAAAAGGCUUGACACUUUUGAAACUUUGGGGAGACGCGCAGCUGACAAUGUAAGAUUAAACCAUGAGUAUCAGGAGGUUCUGAGGAACCUUGUGAAGCGAUAUGUUGCUGCAAUGAUCAGAGAUGCCAAGACAGAGGAAGGUUUGACAGAAGAGAAUUUCAAGGAGCUAAAGCAGGAUAUCUCCAGUUUCCGCUAUGAAGUCCUUGGAAUGAUGAAGGGUAAACCUCAAGGUGGGGUCCCGGGUGCAGUUGCUAGCUCCACCUUGGCUUAUCCUGGAAACUCAUUCAAAUAUUCUCCGAACUUGCCCACCAAAGAUCCUCAACACAGGCUGAGCGUGUCUGAUCUGACCACCACCACCUUCCUGCUGAGUGGAGCCGCCAACUCUACCAGCUCUGUUGGCUCAUCUGGGCCCAUCCAGAGACACAGCAGACCUCCCUCUCAGAAAUGUGAUGAAAUUCAUUCAGUGUCAGAGGAAGAUACGUCGGGAACUGAUCAUCAAAACCAAGAACUACUGACUAAGAAAGUGGUUGUGGAAGUUCUACAGAAAACUGCAAGCAAGAAAGUGAAAAAUGGGCCAAAAAUAUAUCAAAACUAGGCCGUGUCUCCAAGUUUUCUAAAGAUUUUGAGAUUUAAUUUUCAUUCACUAAUCUACAUGUUGUAAAUACUUCAUGGAGUAAACUAAUAUAUAUAAUAUAGUUACUGGCAGUGCAGGACCUUUGCACAUAUAUGAAUGUCUUCUACAGUGCUGAUGAAGUCCCAGACAAAUCUUUGGGUAUUUCACAGAAAACUUAAGUCUUUAUAUUUGGAUUCUGUGUGCAGUCGCAGGGACAGAGAAAGUAAGAGUAAAUGGGGGGUCUACGGUGUCAUAGGCAUGUCUACAGUAUCUGGAAGUGAGAAUAAUUACAGGAGGGUAAUGCAUUCUCCUGCCUGCACUCAUAAACCUUUCGAUGCUCUAUUGAAUUGAGUGAUCUAUCAUUCUGCCCUUAGGUUCAUAACUGCGGAUGACUUUGGAAUGCAUCAUUGUUUAUUACACGAGAAAGUCGGGGGGCAGUCUUGGGAGUGAGAAGAGAACAGCACUGCAGUCAUUCACAAAGCACCCAUUCUCCAGCUACCUGAGCAUCUCACUUGUCAAUCAAAUUUGCACAAAGUCCCAGGACAAUCUAGUCCUUGAAAAGCAGCAUAUCAAUACAGAGACUGGGUAACUGAUUUUUAAAUAUGUUCCACAAAAAAAAGAAGAAGAAUUUGCAGAAAUGUAAACUAUUAGAUGGGCUGGCCCCUUGUUCAAAUUUAUGACAUGUCAAUUAACUUUCUUUUGAUCAACUAAUUGGAUCAACUAUCAUUCUAUCCAUUCAUAUUCAUUGCAGCUCUAUUAUAUUGUAUUAUAUCCAAAUGUUGCAAGAGAUUGCUCUUAUUGUCCCUUCCCUGUUUAAAGUUCUUUUUCGGAAAGGGGAGACAAAAGUUCUGCACUGCAGGUUUUAAUGAUACACUUAGUUUAAUUGUCCUUUAAUGUAUGCAAAGGCAUAAUAACACGUUAUCUCACAUUAUGUUACAUGCAUUCAGCUCUGAUUCAUAGAAAAUAUACUGAUUUGACCUCAGUGAGUGCUGACUUGAUGCUCAGGGAAUUGUGAAGCAAGUUGGUAAUUCAUGUUUUACUUUGAGCUUUAGAAUUCCAAAGAGCCUUGACACCCUGCUGCCUAUACUCUCCUCCUUCACCUUGCACUGUCCUCUUACUAAGAUAUGCAAAACUACCUUAAAUCCCUAUCUCUGUGGAAAAGGUAUUACUUCUCAUACGCUGACAGUAUCUAAUCCUUUUAUGCAAAAAAAAAUCGAUCAUAAAGACAUAUAUUAACAAAGUUACACUUGAGUGAACAGGUAAUUUAUUAUAUAUAUGUAAUUUAGACAAACUAUCCAGUUGUAGCAUUUAGCUUAUUCAGAGAUAUGGGUUAACUUUAACCCAUUAUCACUGUCCUAACCUGUUUAUGGUCAGACAAAGAGUUUGACUUUUGAACAGAAAGGCAUGCAGUGCUCUCUAGUUAAAGAUUUGCUGGAGGAUUUGUUCCUCAACCAUGUGCACUAUCUACUACACUUUGCAGGUGUGAGGGCCCUCUAGUGAUCUUUGUGUUACUGUGCAAUUUUGUAACUUGUAAUGACCUUACUCUGUAAAAGAAAUGAAAUAAUAAUAAAAGAAAACACUAAUUCAAAAACCUGUGUUUUUUGCGCUCAUGACAAGACAACA